AUGAUGCGAUCUUCAGUAUUGGCUGCCCUCGUGGCUGCUCUCGCCUCGACCGUCUCGGCACAGACAUCCACGUCCUGUCAACCCCUAAACGAGACUUGCCCGGCGGACCUGGCCCUCGGUACAACACAUACCUGGAACAUCAGUUCCAGCUCGCAACUAGACGACACCUGGAACAUCACUAACGGUGUGCUCAACUACACCAACGACGCCGUCGGAUUCACAAUCAACAAGGCACUCGACUCGCCAACCAUCAGAUCAACAUUCUACCUCUUUUUCGGCCGUUUGGAAUACCACGUUCGGGCUGCUCCCGGCCAUGGUGUGAUUAGCAGUGUGGUGCUUCAAUCAGACGAUCUAGAUGAAAUCGAUUGGGAAUGGGUAGGCUCAGAACCUAACCAAGUUCAGACAAAUUUCUUCGGAAAGGGACAGACCAUUGCUGGUACGGCCGAAUACUUCAAUAUCAGCAGCAGCACCCACGACGAAUAUCACAAUUACACGACAUGGUGGGACAAGGAAAAGCUCGAGUGGUGGGUCGAUGGGCAAUUGCUGCGCACUGUAACACCCUCAAACGCCUCCAACAGUACCUACGACUGGUACCCUCAGACUCCCAUGAACAUUCGUAUUGGGUCAUGGCCCGGUGGUGACCCUUCUGAGCCCAAGGGUACAAUUGAGUGGGCUGGAGGUGAGAUUGAUUACACUGCUGGUCCAUAUACCAUGUAUGUGUCGCAGGUUACGGCACAGGAUUUCACCACGGGCAAGGAGUACAAUUACACCGACCACACGGGAACAUGGGAGAGUAUUAACGUUGUUUCUGGCAACUCUACGGUCGAACAAGAACUCAAUGCCGUGCACCUCACUCUCUCCCAGAGAUGGAACAACCUCUCUUCCGGCGCCAGGAUCGGUAUUAUUGUCGCCGCCGGCUCGGUGGUUGGUCUCAGUGCCCUCGCCUUCUUGUUCUGCUGCAUCCGCCAGCGACGACUCGGCAAGCGUGAAUGGAAUGCCCAAAACAACCAGUGGACGCAGGAGCGUACAAAUAUGAUGAAUAUGCAGGCCGAAUGGAGACAAAAAGGAUACGUUGAGAUGAAGUAG